AUUUAAUGUAAGGAGCAGGAAGGCAUUCUGAGUUUGACAAUAUGCCUGAUUUUUUAUUUGAAAGUAAAAAUGUAUUAAACUGAAGAUACUUUAAUAUUAUCUGAUCCAAGAGAAGAAAAUUGUUAUUCAACUAUUAAAGAUUAUUGCUGUCCAAAUUUUACUUUAAUGUCAUUUACAGCCAUAAUUUCAUUGAUUCAAUUAUCAUUGUUUAUUUUUAUGUGUUUCUUUGGGGAUUUCAAUCUUUAGAAAGCAAUUUUGUGUAUAGUAUUUAAAUAUUAUUUACAAAAGAGUUCUCAGAUGAAACUCUUGAAACUUUUGGAAGAUGUUCGGCAUAUAAUGUGAAAUAUAAAUUAGAGUUCUAUCGUUUAAUAACUUGUCUAUUCAUAUUUAAUAAUGUUAAAGAUUUAUGUGGAGAAUUAUUGUUAUAAGUUAUUAUAGUUUCGAUGGUGGAAAAGUUUAUAAAUAAAAAAACAACCUUAUUAUUAUAUUUAUCUACAGGAAUUGCUGGAUCAAUAACUUUUAUAGUAUUUUACGAUUAAAACAUUGAAGGAAAUUCAUUUUGUGUUUUUGGAAUGAUUGGUCUAAUGUUUGGGUUUAUAAUUUAAAAUGCAUAAUAGGUAUUUAAAAUAUUUAAAUGAUAAGGAUGAGGCAAGAUAAGUAAUUAUGUAAGUAACUAUUUUUAUAUUAAUAAUUGGAAUAAUUGGAUUUUUUUAUAAAAAUUCAUUAAUCUUUGGAAUUUAUGGUAGUUUCUUAAUUGGAAUUGUAAUUGGAUUGAUUUAGCCAACUUAAAAUAGAAAUUUUUAAAGAACUAAAAUGAAAUUUGUAGGGUUGGGAGUAAUUUUCAUGUACUUUACUGGAUUUAUAUAUUUUUUUUUUUCGUUUAGGAUGCCAUCACAUCCAAUUGAAUAACAAUGA